UGAAAAGCUCCGCGCUCACUUAGCAGGCUUAACACGCGCUAGAACUUUUCCAGGAAGCAUGGCCCGGACCAAGCAUAGAUCAAGACUCUGUUGCUCCCUGUGCCUCGCGCUGCUGAGCGUAACUGCGGUAGUCAUAUUGUGUGUAGUCCUAAUUUCCAAGCUCCGAUGUUCAGACGGGGAAUUCACGCGCGCAGCGGUCGCCGCAGACUCACAGAUGUGCUCGGAGGUCGGCAGAGACAUGUUGAAGCGUGGUGGGUCAGCAGUAGAUGGCGCCAUUGCAGCACUGCUGUGCACCUCUCUGGUGCACCCCCAGAGUAUGGGGAUGGGCGGGGGUGCCAUAUUCACCAUCCUGGAGAAGAGUGGCAAAGUGAAAGUUAUCAACUCCAGAGAGACUGUCCCAAAGGUUUUCAAACCAGACCUGCUGAAUGAAUGCCCAAAAGAAUUCAAAUUAAUGCCAGGCAGCCAGUGGAUCGGGGUUCCCGGGGAGAUCCGGGGGUACGAGCAGGCUCACCGCCUGUAUGGCAAACUGCCCUGGGCAGAGCUGUUCCAGCCCGCCAUCAAAAUGGCGCGGGACGGAUUCCCCUUGCCUCCCGUCCUAGCAAUGUACCUCCAUGACAAAAAUAUCAAGAAGAAAGUGGAGGAGUCCAAUCUGUGCAAGAUAUUCUGCAAUAAGAACAAGACAGUUCUGCAAAGGGGAGAGACACUGAGGUACCCUAAGCUGGCAGAAACCAUGGCGACCAUCGCCGAGCGAGGUGCUGACGCAUUCUACAAAGGCAAGAUCGCUAUGGACCUGGUCCAGGAUAUAAAAGAUGCAGGAGGGACAUUAUCACUGGAGGACCUGGAGUCUUUCCAAGCGAUUGUGACUGAGGCUUGGAGCAUGACCCUGGGAGAAUACAAAAUGUACUUCCCUCCUCCCCCGGCUGGGGGCGCCAUCCUUGCCUUCGUCCUCAACAUUAUGAGAGGAUUCAACCUUACAAGCUCCUCCAUGGAAGGUGAUCAGCAGAUUCUGACUUAUCAAAGGUUUGCCGAGGCCUACAAGUUUGCAAACGCAAAGAAGAAGUGUAUCAGAGAUCCCAAAUUCAGCUCGCCAAAAGAGGCCUCCAGGCUGAUCGAGGAUGACUUUGCUGAUCACGUAAGAGCAAUGAUCAGCAGCAACACCACCCACGGCCCCGAGUAUUACAACAUCACGCCCAGCAUUGACCAUCAAGGCACAACACAUAUGUCCCUACUGGCAGAGGAUGGUACUGCAGUCUCCGUCACCAGUACCAUAAAUCACUUCUUUGGCUCUACCAUCUACUCUCCCAAAACUGGUGUGAUCCUAAACAACCAGCUAGCGGAUUUCUGUGGGCUUGUGGAUCGCAUAUCCAGUGGAGAGCAGCCCCCUUCCUCCAUGUCCCCAUCACUGCUGCUGUCCGGGAGGAAAACCCUGGUGAUCGGAGCAUCUGGAGGCAGUAUGAUCCCUACAGCGAUGGCCCAGUCUAUCAUGAACCACCUGUGGUUUGGGAAGAGCCUGGAGGAUGCCAUCUCCGCCCCUGUGGUGUCUGUGAACUCCAAAAAUGAUCUGAACUUUGAGCCCAAGUUCAACGAGCGGGUGAAAAAGCGGCUGAAGGAAUAUGGCCACAAGGUGGUGGAGGGGCGGCACUUCAACGUGGUGAACGCGGUGGUGAAGGACAGAGGCUGCAUCGCCGCCAAGUCGGACCUCAGGAAAAUGGGCAAGGCGGCAGGCUACUGAGGACUCGCCCGGUUGGGCACUAUGGCAACCGG